AUGGCGCGCAUACCAUCUUCGCUGGCGCUCGAGGAUCUUGAGGAAAUCUUGCCGCACUUGGUGGAUGAAGGUCUCCCAGGUGGUAGCGAGUUUCUCGUAGCCAGCCUGGACGAGGGCGAGCGCACUGCGUCUCUCAUUGCACUGCUGGUUUGGCAUGGCUUUCUGCCCAUGUCCGGAGUGGGCAUGCUGCUGGGGAAGAUGCAUCUUCAGCGUUGUGUGUUGGAACCUAGCAAAACACACGUGGGAAAGAAGGUCAGGAAGCGCGCCAAAGCCUUUCGGCUCAGUGUGAAUCAGGCGUGGUCGGAGGUUGUUCAGAACAUUCAGCGCCACACGUGGACAUCAGCGCCGGGUGAUUGCUGGCUCUCCGACAAAAUGGCGCAGGCGUACAAGGACGUUCAGGACAUCGGCUCAAAGUGGCUCAGAGGUGGCGUGCGCUUCCUUUCCAUCGAGCUGUGGCACAGCGAAACUGGUGAUCUCGUCGCCGGGGAGAUCGGCUACACAUGUGGCAGCGUCUACAGUAGCUGCACGGGCUUCUCCAUCAAAGAUAAGUACCCAGGCGCUGGCUGUGUGCAGCUGGCGGCGCUUGGUGCAUGGUUGGCGAAGCGGGGUUUCAAGGUGUGGGAUCUCGGAAUGGAGUUGGACUACAAGUUGGAGCUGGGUGGUCAAGUCGUUCCACGAGCAGAGUGGGCUGCGACGAUCCGCAAGCUGCGACACGAGGAGUGGACCUUGCCCACACCUGAGGGCGAUGAGGCAAACGCUUCCAACUUGCUGCUCAGUAGUAGAGUAUAUAACCUUUAUAUAACCUUUAUAUAA